CACACUCUCUAUAUACCAUGAAUGCCAUUGAACAAUUAGCUCGUGAUGCCCGUUUGGCCUCUGUUAGUUUACAGUCUGUCACCAAUGAACAAAAGAACGAAGCUCUAUUGCGUAUCAAACAAGUCUUGGCUGAACGAAAACAAGAUAUUUUCAAAGCCAAUGAAAAAGACAAGGAAUUAGCAGAAGUACAAGUCAAUGCUGGUAAGCUCUCAGGUUCUUUAUUCAAACGGUUGGAUAUUUGCAAUGGUGACAAGUUUGAAACAAUUCUCUCUGGUGUGAGCGACAUUACAAAGCUCGAUGACCCUACCAAGAAAGUGACUAUGGCAACCAAGGUGGAUACGGAUCUUGCAUUGUAUCGAGUCACGGUUCCUGUAGGAGUACUAUUGACCAUUUUUGAAGCUCGACCUGAAGUAGUGGUAAAUAUCUCCUGUUUAGCUCUCAAGUCUGGAAAUGCUGUGAUUCUGAAAGGUGGUAAAGAAGCUACUCAUACCAAUGCCAUUCUAGCUUCUGUUAUUCAAGAUGCUUUAUCAUCCUUGCCCGAUUCAAAUCCUAUUCCUAAAACUGCUGUGCAAAUCGUCGAAACGAGAGAAGAUAUUUCUGCCUUACUGGAUCUUGAUCGUUAUGUUGAUAUGGUCGUGCCUCGUGGUAGCAACAGUUUGGUCAAAUACAUUCAAAACAAUACUAGAAUCCCUGUCUUGGGUCACGCUGAUGGAAUUUGCUCUGUUUAUCUUGAUAAAGAAGCUGACGUGAUAAAGGCUACAAGAAUUGUUGUGGAUGCAAAGACAAAUUACCCUGCUGCCUGCAAUGCUGCUGAAACAUUGCUUGUACAUGAAGACUUAUUGAAAACCGAUGCUUUUGCCAAAGUUGCUCAAGGAUUACUGGAUGCGCAAGUGACACUGAAAUGCGACAGUGUUUCUCAAACAUAUUUGCAGACAAGAUACGGUGAUAAUGAACAAUACAAGACCAAGCUUGAAUCUGCUGUGGAAGAAGAUUAUUCGACUGAAUUUCUGGAUCAUAUUAUUGCGGUCAAGGUGGUAGGAGAUGUAAGCGACGCGGUGGAACAUAUCAAUGAUCAUGGAUCCAAACAUACUGAUUCGAUUGUGACCGAGAAUGCCGCGACAGCCGAUUACUUUAUGACCCGUGUGGAUGCCGCUGGAUGUUAUUGGAAUGCAAGCACUCGAUUCGCUGAUGGUUUCCGAUAUGGUUUUGGUGCCGAGGUCGGUGUCUCCACCAACAAGACGCAUGCCCGUGGUCCCGUUGGUUUGGAAGGUUUGGUCAUUUACAAAUACAGAGCCUAUGGCAAUGGUAACAUCGCUGGCGAUUAUGGUACAGGCAAGAAACCCUUUUUACAUGAUCCCAUCUCCCCUUCAGAUUAUCAUUUAUAAUCUGCCUUCCUUCCUUUUCUUUAUGUAUUAUUAUCAUUAUCCUUCUCAUACUGAUAGUUUAGGUUAGUUUAGUUGAUCAUCAUGGUUAUUCUUUUUUUUUUUUUUUAUGUAUACG